AUGAGAAUAUGGUAUGCAGCACAGUCACAAAAAACCUUAACCUGCCUUGUAUUGCUGCCGCUCACCACUCUAUUGCACAUUGCCGCGUGCGCAGAGGAUGAAAGCUCCACAGAGACCAAUGAAAUAAUUCCACGAGAAGCAAUUGGAAAAUUAGACUACUCCGUAAGACAAGCUCUUUUACGUGCCAUAGAUAAGUUGGAGCGUGAAGCGGCCAAUGACGACUACGACGAAGAAGAUGCUGAAGAUCAGAAUCCCACUGUCGAGGAAUCGCCAACGGUACAAGAUACCAACGAGCUCGCCUCGAAUAACAGCAGCACUGUUUCUACCACCACUUCCAAGGAUGAAAUACUCGAGGAGAGUACCAACAAGGCCGACGUGCAUCCAACUGUACAAUUUUACACCGCCAUUUUCGAUGAGAAACACGCACACGAACAAUCACUGGCCUCGUUCAUCGAUCGGUCGCACUUCUGGAAGAAGGCAAACAAAGCAAAAGCAAACUCAGACACGGCGGCGAUUGACAAUGCUGACACCGUAGCGCACGCUUCCAGCACAUUCGAGAGUAGUCGACAGAGUACGCGCAGUGUCAGCAACGGACACAGUUCAAAUAACGCUGUGCGUUUGAAUGAAAUUUCCGGAGAGAAUUCGGAUGAAGUGAAGUUUGAGAUACGUAAGACGCACGGACUUGCAACGCCGUCAACAUCAUCCACGACUACAACGACGACGACCACAACAACAGCACGUCCUCGCACAACACGCCGUCCACGGCCUACCACCACCACUACAACAACAACAACCACGCCCCGUCCCACGCACAAUGAGGACGGUGAAAAUAUCGAAGUGGUGGAGAAAGAUGACAUACGCAUACAGGAAGCGCCGCUAGUGACCGCAUUCACUGUCGAUCUGGAUGAACGCGGCGCAGCCAAGAAUGUUAUACCCAUUGUGGAUCAACCGAAGAUACAGCGACCACUCAAUGUCCCGCAGUCAUUCCCUGCUGGACCCACUAUAUCGAAGCUAAAUGUUCUGCCCACAAAUCCGCUGUCUGCUGUGCCACAGAGUGAGGCAGUGUACAGUAAUGUUGGACUUGUGGCACCCACUCAAGCAACCAACAUUCUAGCGGCUUCAACAACACCGUUUACUAAUAUUCUGCCAGCGAACAGUUUUAAUACGCCAACUUCCCAAACCGCUGUCGGCGCCAACGGCAAUCCGAGCCAAGAAGGUGUAAGCAAUUACCUAAUCGAACGACAACGACAACUCGAACAACAAAUCUAUCAGCUAAAACUACAAGCACAACAACAACAGGACCUAAUAUUGCGUCAAUUAAAAUUGCUGGAGGAGCAAACGAAAUUGAAUGGCGCGCCGAACCCCACCGUGCAAUCAUUGCCGGCGACGACUACACAGACCUUUACACAACCUAUACAGCAACAACAACAACACCAAGUACAACCGCAUUCGCAAUUAGCUGUACAGCCAACACAAUCUGUGCCACUCUCGCCACCCGCGGUGCAACAACAACAAUCGCAAGUGGUCAGCUUCACCAUACGCCCGUCCGUGGAAUUCGUGCCGAACACGGUCGCCCAAAGUAGUCCAUCAUUUUUCAACACUUUCCCCGUCGAUCAGCAAUUACCGUUACGCGAGCGUGUUAAUAACUUUGCGCACGGCGAGCAGCGCAACAAUUACACGCCGAAUAUUUUGCCAGUGACACAACAACAAUUGCCCAUAAAUGACCCGGUGCAAAAAGUUUUUCAAAAUUUGCAAAACCUGCAGAGCCAAAAUGGCAAUCCGACGCAGCCGCAAGCGACAAAUGCUGCCACCUCGGUGCAAAUACAGGCGUCCAAUCAAUUUAAAUUCGCACCCACCUUUCCGACCGUGGAGACACCGUUAGAGGUGUCACUGUUCCAGGCGUUGCCGCAACACAAUCCCCAGCACUUCCAUCAGCCACAGCAGCAGCAGCAACAACAAGCGCCGCUAGUGCCAGGCUUUUUGAGUCAAGCGCUUUUGGAACAGCAACAACAACAACAGCAGCAGCAACAACAACAUCGCUCACGCUUGUUCCGCCAGGAGGCAGGCACGUCCAAUUUCGGCCAAAAGCCGUCAAUCACACAAUUUUCAUCGGUCCAAUCUGUCAUACCCGCGUCAAUACUGAGCCAACAACAGCAGCAGCAGCAACAACAACAGCAACAGCAAACGCUAGAUAAUCAAAAUUUCUAUCGGCAACAUUUGGAUCCGCAAAUUAGCAAUCAACUGCAGCAAAAUGCACAUUUUUACCAGCAACAGCAGCAACAGCAACAACAGCAACUGCAACAACCACCAGCACUAAACCGUGGCAUUAACAACUUUGCACCGCCAACUUCACAAAACCUACCCUUCGCUGGACGCUUCUAAGUGUGGCACGUAUCCGUAGCCGUAGCCGUACGAAUGUACGAUCCACAAACACCAUCUAGCUAGCAAUGCACCGCGCUUUUAACUUGCCACACCAGUCAACCACAUGAUGAUGUCCUUCUGAUGUAAUGGAGUCCUGCGCAGCCAUCAUGUCACCUAGACAACGUAAUAACAACUCAA